AUGGUGCUCAACCCACCAAGGAUUGCUCCUCGCAUUCCCCACCUGAGGGCUCACCAGCUCCCACCAGGAUGGGGUGAAUUCGCUGCAGAUACAGAAGGCUGCUGGCGACGGGGAGUGAUGUUGGGGGACACUCUGGCAGCCAGAACUGAGCUUUUUUCUCUUUCAGAGUUAAAUGCCUCUAGAGCCCGUGGCAGCAACCACAGUGUGAACAGCCUGCCAGGACCACCGACCACCUGCAGCUCCACACAGGGGUCUGUGGUCAGCUGGGCUGAAUCCUUCGAGACACUGCUGCAGGACCGCGUGGCCGUCACUUAUUUCACUGAGUUCCUCAAGAAGGAGUUCAGCGCUGAAAAUGUCUACUUCUGGCAGGCAUGUGAGCGCUUUCAGCAGAUCCCAGCCAGUGACACGCAGCAGCUGGCCCAAGAGGCACGGCGGAUCUACGAUGAGUUCCUCUCCAGCCACUCGAUCAGUCCCGUGAACAUCGACAAGCAGGCUUGGAUCGGGGAGGACAUGCUGGCCACCCCCUCCCCAGACAUGUUUCGCAUCCAGCAGCUCCAGAUCUUUAACCUCAUGAAGUUUGACAGCUACACACGGUUUGUGAAAUCCCCGCUGUACCAGGCCUGCCUGCGGGCAGAGAGCCAGGGGCAGCCCCUGCCUGACCUGCGGCCCCACUCGCGCAGCAGCAGCCCCCCACCAGACCUCAGCAAGAAGUCAAAGCUGAAGCUGGGCAAGUCCCUGCCUCUGGGUGUGGAGACAGCUGGCAGUGGUGCCAACCGCAGCCCCCGACGGUCCUUCAGGAAGGGAGAGCGGCGGGAGCCCUCCUGGGCAGAAGGCGGAGUAGGCGGUGGCAGUGCCAUGCUGUGGCGGGAGUCCCAGGGCUCACUCAACUCCUCGGCCAGCCUGGAUCUGGGCUUCCUGUCCUCGGCCAGCACAGCUGCCAGCCCCUGGACGGAGGGGAGUUCUGAUGGCCCCGCCUCGCUGUCCUCCGUCCGGCCCGGCCACUCCAUCCGUGACAUGCUGGCAGGGAUAUGUGAGAAGCGUGGCUUCAGCCUCCCCGACAUCAAGGUCUACCUAGUGGGGAAUGAGCAGAAAGCGCUGGUGCUGGACCAGGAGUGCUCUGUGUUGGCAGACCAGGAGGUGAAGCUGGAGAACAGGAUAAGCUUUGACCUGGAAAUCUCCUCCCUCAGUAAGACCAUCCGCAUCACUGCAAAGUCAACCAAGCGCAUCCGGGAAGCGCUGGAGCCUGUGCUGGGGAAGUACGGCGUGAGCAUGGAGCUGGCACUGCUGCGGCGGGUGAGGGCUCACACUUUGGUGGACAUGCGAGUGACAGAGAGUGCUGAGGCUGCGGCUGCCCCUUCCCUGCUCUGGAGCGAG